CUUGUAGUGCCCCAUAUAUGAUACAUCACUCUUUUGUUUGGUGGGGUCCUUUCCAUAUUUUCCUUUUAUGAUACUUGUGCAAUCCUCCCAACCCUUGUACUACUACUACUUUUCAAAUUGCUCCGUCAAUCCUCCCCACAAUUAAAAACUACCACCAAACAUGAAUGUUAGCCAAAAGGUGUUAGCUGUCAAGAUUCAAAUGAAACUUUUUUAGCUCUUUCUUGAAACACAUAAUAUGUUUCAAUUUUCGAUACAGAGUAGAGCACCUUGACAUGCAAAAGCUUAACAACUAUAUAUGAAAACUAAACAAACUCUCAUGUAGUAAGCAUAUGUGGCAAUAUAUUUUUUGUUGGAGCUGAUCCAUAUGGACUCCAUCUUCUUCCUUGAAGAAGGAGACCGCGCCGUCUUUCUAUUAAAGAUAAUGGAGUCCUUUGGUUGCACUUACAUAUGCCUCUGGCAGUACUUCCAACCUUCCAACACUUUCAUGUCCUUGGGUGGAAUCUACAAUGGAGAAAAUGAGGUUGCCCAGAGAUUAUUCGAAGAAUAUAAGCAUUCAUGGCUUAUCAUGGAUAACGGCCGCAUUCCAGGACUCGCCUUCAAGAACAAUCUUCCUUAUAUGGAGCUGAAGUUUGCAGAUCUUCAAUCACAUGCAUCCAAUCCAGUGCAGCUUCAAUUCUAUCACGAAGCUGGGAUUAAGACAACUAUAUGUAUGGGGUGCAGCAUAGGAGAAAUUGAGUUUGGAAUGACUUGUAGCCCUCAAGUAAACUUGGAAAUGGGGAUGAGAAACUUGUUUCCCGAAUAUUUCUCAACAAGAUCAGGGCUUCCUCAUCAUCAGACAUUGGUAUCAAUUGAUCAAAAUAGGCCAUCAUCAUCUUCAUCAUUCUCUCUGGAUAGCCCGGGAGAAUACUCAUCGCUUCUCUUCAAUGUUGCAAGCACCAGCUCUUACGUACCAGAACCACCUGCCUUUCCCGAGCAGACCAUAAGACCAGUUUCUGCCACCGCCAUGCCAUACCAUCAGAUUCAGACAACAUUCCCGAGAGUAGAAACCGAAGAUGCUGCAUUGACAAGAGCCUAUCUAGCUGUCAUGACAUCACCUUCUUCUUCCUCGUCUUCUCACCAAUCGCGAGAAAAUAUUAAUGUACCAACAGAUCCUCAUUAUCAAAAUAAGGCAACUGCAUUCAGAAGGUUUAGAUUAGGUUUAGGUCCUAAUAAUAUCCAAAUUCGUCGACAAAACAUGUUGAGAAGAUCAAUUACAUUCUUUAGGAAUUUAAAUAUGAUGAGAAGGCAAGAACAAAUCCAGGCAAACCCGCGUGCCCCAACUAGCACUCAGGUUCAUCACAUGAUUUCAGAAAGAAGAAGACGCGAAAAACUCAACGAUAGCUUUCAACUACUUAGAUCUUUACUCCCACCUGGUACAAAGAAGGACAAAGCAUCAGUUCUUGCCAGUACAACAGAAUACUUAGCUUCUUUGAAAGGUCAAUUGGAAGAAGUUAGGAAAAAGAAUGAAAUGCUGGAAGCAGAAUUAGUUAAACAUGAGACGAAAUCGGAUGGCAUUAUUAGGUCAUGUGAUGGAAAUGAAAAGGUUGGUGUUGAAAUAACAAAUGUAGGUGAAUCAAGUUUAUCAGAAUCAAGAGUAGUGGACUUGCAAGUUUCAGUUAGAGGAGAAUGCAGCGUCUUGGAUUUGGUCAGUCAUUUGCUCCAAUUCUUGAAAACUCAAAACCAUCUAACCUUAGACUCAGUAGCAGCAAACACCAGGUCCAUGCUCAAUCACAUAACUUUGAGAAUUACAAUUCAGGGGAGUGAAUGGGACGAGUCUGCUUUCGAGGAAGCAGUGAAAAGAGUUGUUGGUGACUUGGCAUAGAGGAACUUGUCAUACUUGGUAGGGCCAUAAAAUUUUGACUGCCGGCGCCUCGUAAUACGACUAUUUCCCCAUAUUUUUCUCCUCCAAUCAUUACGCUAAACUAUAUCAACAAUUAAUAUCCUAAAUUUGCAAUCAUGUGAUUCUACAAUUUUGUUGCUAGUUUUGCCUCGUUCUAGUGUGUAUUCAUAUUUUAUUCCAU